AUCCGAAGUUCUAUACCAAUUUUAUGUUCUGUAGAGGGUGUUAUUAGAAAUAUCGAACCUGUUGGUCGUUAUUUUCUCGCACAUGCUCGUCGAAAGCUUAAUAAUCAUAGCUUUUCUGAAGACGAACGUAUUCAAGCUGAGGCCAAUGCAAAACAAUUAGAAGUCAUUCAAGAUGAAGACUUUGAAGAAGAGACGCCUGAACUAUUGUCACGGGAUCCCAAGGAUUGGAAGGUAGAUGAUCCGCGCAUUCAGAAAUUUAAACAAGAGGAAAAGGCGGCUAAAGAGGCAAAGAAAAAAGAAAAAGAAGACGCAAUCAAAAAUGCAAAAGAAGCAGCUCAAAGAGCUGCUGAAGAAGAGAGGCUAAAGAAGGAGCAGGCUGAAGCUGAAGCAAAAUUGAAAACACAUAACUACUUUUAUCCACCAGAUGAAUCACCGCCUCUAGAUGUUAUUGAUAUGCAGUUGUCAGAAUUGGAUUUUUUAUUUGAAAAAUUGAGCUUGGAAGAUCUUCAAAAUGUCAGAAAGCAAUUGGACUCUACUCAAGACAGGCAUGGUGCAAAACAAAUUUUGGUAAAAGAGGCUUCAGGGCUUGUGAGUUCGGGGGUUUUAUCAGCGGAUUCUUUUAAAUAUUUUAAGUCAGAUAAACUCAGUACUAGUCUUACCACUGCUCCUGCACCUGCAGCGAAUGGACCCGCAGCAACAACCAAUGUAUGGGCAGCAGCCCAACAAGCACAAUUGGAACGUGCAUUGCAAGCAUAUCCACCAUCUUGGAAAGGAGAGGGUGAUAGAUGGGAUAAAAUUGCAGAGGCAGUUGAAAACAAAACGAAGAAAGAAUGCAAACUGAGAGUCAAG